AUGACGCAAGCCAGGAACAAUGGCGCCGCGAACCCGCACGGCGAGGACCGCGGCCUCCUGAGCUCCCGCCUCGACGACGACGACGACGGCUACUUUGGCAUCGGCGAUGAUGACGACGGCAGCAACGGUAACGGUAACGCCCUGGGCAUUCAUCCGGCUGCCAAGGGCCCGCCGCCCGCCUACGACGACGCCCACGCGCAACCCCCGAGGACGCCGAACCGAGUCCGCUUCGACCUCACGCCCGAGAUCGUCGGCGUCAGCAACAGCGAUGGCGCCUUCGCCACGCAGGGCCACCGGCGGUCCAUGUCGGACGGCUCCAUGGAGAUGGAGGAGCCCGCGAGCCCCGGCCGCGCCCACCGCAUGCCGCUCCUGACGGACAUGGAGGCGCCGAGCGUCGCCCUGGCCAACUCGUUUGGCGACGCCGAGGAGCGUGCCGAGAACGAGCUGCGCCGGCCCAAGUCGGGCCUCAAGUCGGCCUUUAUGAACAUGGCCAAUUCCAUCAUCGGCGCCGGCAUCAUCGGCCAGCCCUACGCCAUCCGCCAGGCGGGCCUGCUGGCCGGCGUCGCCCUGCUGGUCGGCCUGACCGUCAUCGUCGACUGGACCAUCUGCCUGAUCGUCAUCAACAGCAAGCUCAGCGGCACGAGCCACUUCCAGGGCACCGUGGAGCACUGCUUCGGCCGCACGGGGCUCAUCGCCAUCAGCCUGGCCCAGUGGGUGUUUGCCUUUGGCGGCAUGGUUGCGUACGGCGUCAUCGUCGGCGACACCAUCCCGCACGUCCUGAAGGCCGUGUGGCCCGAGCUACCCGGCGUACCGGUCCUCGGGCUGCUAGCGAACCGACAGGUAGCAAUUGCCGUGUUCAUCAUGGGCAUUGGAUAUCCAUUGACGCUGUACCGAGACAUUGCAAAGCUGGCCAAGGCGAGCACCUUUGCCCUGAUCGGCAUGCUGGUCAUUGUUGUCGUGGUGCUCAUCCAAGGCAUCCUCACGCCCUCGUCGCUACGAGGCUCGUUUGGCCACGAUGAGCUCCUAAUCAACGGCGGCUUCUUCCAGGCGAUUGGAGUCAUUUCCUUUGCCUUUGUCUGCCAUCACAACUCGCUGCUCAUCUACGGAUCGCUCAAGACGCCGACCAUCGACAACUUCUCGCGGGUGACGCACUACUCGACGGGCAUCUCCAUGCUGGCAUGCCUGAUCCUGGCGCUGGGCGGCUUCCUGACCUUUGGUGACAAGACGCUGGGCAACGUGCUCAACAACUUCCCGGCGGACAACACCAUGGUCAACAUCGCGCGGCUCUGCUUCGGCCUCAACAUGCUGACGACGCUGCCGCUCGAGGCGUUUGUGUGCCGCGAGGUGAUGCUGACGUACUUUUACCCCGACGAGCCCUUCGACAUGAAGCGCCACCUGCUCUUCAGCACCGGGCUGGUCCUGGCCGCCAUGGUGCUGAGCCUGGUGACGUGCGACCUGGGCGCCGUGUUCGAGCUCGUGGGCGCGACGAGCGCCGUGGCCAUGGCGUACAUCCUGCCGCCCAUGUGCUACAUCAAGCUGACGACGCGCAGCUGGCGGACGUACAUGGCGUACGCCGUCGUGGGGUUUGGCUCCAUCGUCAUGGUGAUAAGCGUCGUGCAGGCGGUGCAGAAGAUUGUCAGCAGUAUGUUUAUUCCUCUCCCACGUUGCCCGUUCAGAUCCCCCCGUCUCCCCAUCUUUGCCCUUGGCAUACAUGUCCUGUCAUCUGCGGAUGCGCAGCCGAAAUGCCAAGGCGCGCACCUACACUACUUCAGGGCGUGGACUGACACCUCGCGAUCAGAUAAGGACGGGUCGGCGCAAUGUGUAUAA